UUAUUUUUCAGUAAAUUUUUUGGAGCCAAUCGAGACAUAUCAAAAUUGUGAAAUAAAAAAUUUCUGAAGAAGAGCGUCAAGAUACACGGUCAUGUUGCAAGUUACAGACACGACUGAGAGCGAGUGCUACACAUUUGAGAAACCCAGUAUCAUUUUAUUCAGUCGCGGCGUGGUCGGUGAGCCGCAUAGAACUUCGGGCGCAAACGCAAGUUAAAAUGCUAAUGGAAGAUAUUGUUUAUUUGGGAAUUUUAUUACUUUCUACAUGGUUUGGUCAAUAUUAUCGAAAAAUCAAAGAUCCCUUUACAAAACAAUGGGCAAGCACCUUGUAUGGAUUGUUGGUGGUUACAACUGUUUCAGGAAGUCAUGUGGUUCACCCGAUCAUCUGCACCCUUGUUAAUGCCAUCAUCGUUACACAGCUGUCUUGGAAGAUAUGUCACAUUGUUAGUAUUUUCUUUACUUUCUUUUAUCUAUUGGUUAUCGUUCGAUUAUGUCAUUUAUUUGGAUUUGAACCCGUGUCGGGUCACACCAGCUUAAUUAUGAUGAUGAUGACAUUAAGGCAUUCGGGAGUGGCAUUUGAAAUUAAUUCUGCAGCAACAGCUCCAGAAGAUGACGCACAAGGACUUAAAUCAGAAGCUUUAAAGCGCGUUACUUUCCUUGACAUCUUCCAUUAUGGAUUUAGUUACAUGGGUGUUUUAACUGGACCUCAUUAUCGUUAUCGAACAUAUUGGGAUUCUUUGCACAGGCCUACAUCCGAAUAUGCUGACCAUUGGGGAAUAACUUUGUAUAAACUCAAACAAGUUGCAGUAUUUGCACUUAUAUUUCUAGUAACCAGCAACGCAUUUCCAGCCAAGUAUGCCUUAAUGGAGGAGUUCAAUAGCAGAAAUUUCCUCUACCGAUUUUGUUAUAUUUAUCCAACAUUUGUAACAUUUAGAAUGAGAAUGUUCAUUGGAAUGAUACUAUCCGAAUGUGUUUGCCAAAUGGCUGGCUUGGGAUGUUAUCCGACAAAAAGUGAAACAGUCUCUGGUCUGGGACCAAGAAACUAUAAACUCAUCGAAACACUGUCCAGUGAUUUAGAGCAGCUAAAAAAAGAAGACAUCGAUUUUGAAACCGUUCACAAUAUGAAUGUGGAAAAAGUGGAAACUUGUAAUACUGUAAGAACAGCAAUGAAAGUUUGGAAUACUACUGUUCAAUAUUGGAUGGCUAAUUGUGUAUAUAAACCAUUUCCAUUUAAAGGACUUAGAACACCAGCUGUUUUUUUAAUAUCAUCAGUAUGGCACGGUUAUGCACCUGGAUAUUUUCUUUGCAUUAGUCAAAUCACUUUCUUUUUGCCCAUGGAAGAUAUUUAUGUGAAAAUUUACAAACAGUGUGCAGACAAUAGUUCCGCAAAAAUGUUUUUGGGUGCUCUCCUGUGGUUUUUGAAAAUGUCAUGCAUGGCUUAUUUAGGACUAUCGUUUCAAUUGCUUCAAUUCGAUGAAACGAUGACAUAUUAUAAAAGUGUCUACUUCGCAGGUCACGUUUUAGUGGCUAUACUUUAUGUAACGGGUCGAAUAAUCGCACCAAAAAUAUUAGUUAAGGACGAAAAAAAGAAAGGCCUUUAGAUAUUAACCGAGUCAAUUGAAGAAAUUUUGUUAUUAAUAUAGAAAUUUACGCAUUUUGUGAUAAUACAUAAAGAACACGCAACACACAAGCUUGCUUGUAAAAUUUAGAAAUUUGCUUCAAAUUAAAAUUAAGAAUUAUUAUAAAUUUAGCUCAUUAAUAUAUUAGAAAUGUUUUUGUAAAUUUUACUAUAGAAAACAAAUAGUAAGUAGACUUCUUCAGAGUAUCGACUCUAGUUUUAACAGUUAACUAGAAUCUCUAUUUUUAUUUACUAGUAAUAUUGUUAAGUACUUAAAUUAUAACAAGCCUUAAUCAAUACUUUAAAUAUCAUCAAUAGAGAGUCGAUACCGUGAUAUUUAAUAUAAAGUCCAGUUUGAAAGAGAUCUCAAAGUAUAUAAUAUGCUUACGAAAAAAGUCAGAAUUAAAAAAAAAUACUGUUAUCUAAUUAAAAUGACUUUUCGUUAGUUUUACGCACAAGGGGCAAAGUGCCAUUUUAAAUCAAUUUAUAUAUAUACAAAAUCUCAGAGUAAAAAUAUGUGAUAUUUACUACUGUUGCUCUUUGAGUAUCCAUUUCGAUUAAGAUAGUAACGUAAAAGUGUGCCUCUAGAAACGUAAUAUAAACUAACUACGUAAGUCACAUUUGCAGAUUUUUAAAUUAAUGAUAUCGUCGUAAAACAUGAACGACAUUUACCAAAACUCGCGUAAAUUUUAAUGAAUUUAUAAAAAUGGUGAGAUAAAUAAAAUCAACCAGUUCAUUA